AUGUCGAAACGAAGCUGGUCUGAGGCUGAGAAUGGUGAGAAUCAGUUCCCGCCGCAGAUCUCGAGGAAGGUCAAGGCUUGUACGGCGUGUCGAAGACAGAAGAUCAAGUGUUUGAUUGAUGAGAAUGGACCGCCUUGUCGACGAUGUGCGGAGAAGGGACUUGGUUGUGUAUUGGGGAAGAAUCUACAGACAAUUCUCGAUGAGAAGUCACGAUUCACUCAAGAUGUUGUUUCAGAUCUCGAGCAGAUGCACAAUUUCCUCAAACAAGUCGCCGGCAGACUGGACCUGGACUUACCACCACUCCGCUCAUUCUCCGGAUCAGCAGAAGGACCAAAAGAUGAAUCACCAAGCCUAUCAAACAAGGGCCAUCACGUCCCCUCACGCGACAACUCACCAAAGCUCAUGCCAGAAGACGAUGAUGUUCCAUACGCGCCUAUUCACUCUCUAUAUACCCUCACAAAACUACGCGCUCUUCGGUCGCCGGAUGACAUGAAUUCGCAGCAGAAUCCAGGCAUGGAAGAUGUGAUAACAAAACGUCUCAUAUCAUUAGCCGACGCAGAACGACUUUUCAACUUUUACAGAAAACGCCUGGAUCCAUAUAUUUACCUCAUAGGCUGUCCCUACGAAACGAUGCAAGAAUGCAGACAGAAGAGCCAAUUUCUUCUCGUAGCAGUCCUCACAGUAGCGGCUCUCCACGACUCGACAGCAGAUUACAUCUACCCCGUGAUAAGCUCCGAAUUCCGCAGACUCUUCGAGACGUCAAUAUUUGAAAGACGGCUAAGCCGCGAUUAUCUACGUGCCCUAUGUAUCGGGUGCUACUGGCUCAGCGACUUAUCAUGGAUGCUAUCAGGCCACGCGAUACGAAGAGCAGCUGAAUUCGAUCUUCACAACAGCUACGACAGAGCUAUUGAAAAAGCUAGCACUGAAGAUGCGCAGUGCGCGAGGAUUUGGUACAUACUCUGUGUUUGCGACCAGCAGCUCGCCACGCAGUAUGGCAGACCGUCGAUAGUGCAGGAGGAUCCUUCGACGCAGGGCGCUACGGAUUUCUUGCAUUGUGCUGUUUCGCAUGAGGAGGAUAGACGGUUAUUGAGUCAGGUGACUGUUCUUGAUCAGUGGUUUGCGUUCUGGACGGAUCAAGUACAAGAACGCUGGCCUGGCAUCGGUGGCUUUCCAAGGAAAGGCAUCAUCCUCCACUACAACUUCGCCCAAUUGUACCUAUACUCCCACGUCUUUCGAGGCCUCUCCAAAGACGAGCAUAUCCCACACUACUUCCUCGACUGUGCUCUAAACGGCAUAACAGCCGCAACAACAAUCAUCGACAAAUUCGUCAACGACCCCGACGUAGCCCUCGGCAUCGUGGGGAUGCCAUCAUACGUCCACUCCAUGACAGCAUUCGCCUCCAUGUUUCUAACCAAAGUCGCGACAAAAUACCACGAUCUCAUCGAACGAGAUAAAGUGUACGAACUAAUCAUGGGAUUGGUGCAGCAGUUUCGGUCACAGCCAGCUGGGAAGUGGCAUCUGGCGAAUCUCAUGACCGGUGGGCUUGAGAGGAUGGCGCAGACGCUCAAGCUAGAGAUCCCAGGGGAUAUGGGCGCGCCGUUGGGGGUUGAGAUGGAUCAGAAUGUUGAUGCGGGGAUAUCGGGAGUUUCAGGGGUUGAUGCUUUCUUCCCUGACUUACCGGGCGAUUUCUUUUUUAACUACGAUAUGAGCUUCGAGAUGUCUGCGCCUUUGUAG